UCUUUAUUUCCGGUACGUACAUUUUAUCUCCGCGACAAUUCAAAUAUCUCCGCGAUAUUUCUCUAAUCCAGACACCUUCCCUGAAAAAAAUUGCACAAAUAUUUCUUUGAACCCAGUUUCAAAAUCUUCAUCAUCUGUUUCGAGAACCACCAACAGAUUUCCACUUAAUGUCUGCUCAAGAAUUAAUUGGUUUUUUGCAUAGCGACAACCAAAUUGUCCAGACAUUGGCUUUGCAGAAUGUUUUGGCUUUCACCUCAAAUAAUAAUUUGCAAAAACAUUUAUUUUACUCUAAUAAUUUCCAACCAAUUUGCGAUUUAAUUUUGAUUUCAACCAAAAAGGGUUUCCUCAAUCAAAAAGACUCAUUGACCUGUUUGAUAAACUUGGCUGAUAAUAUAAAUGUUAGAAAAAUUAUUUUGAAUUUCAAGUUUUCUCAUUUAUAUCAGGAACAUAAACCAACCACUGAUAACAAUGAUUAUAUUCAUUAUCUAAUUCAUCAAAUUAAUUCUGAUAAUAAAAAUACCGACUUGAUGUGUAUGCUACUAUCAAAUCUAACACUAUCAAAUUAUGAUCACUCCACAAGAAAUAUUGAUCUUCGAAACAAUCAGCAUUCUUUCCCAAAUCACUCUCUCGACGAUGAUCCAAACGAACUGGAAUCCGAUAAUGAGGCUGAAAAUAUAAUUGAUGAACUUGAUAAGAAAAGAAAUUUCAAAUUAGAUUUAAAUUUAUCUCAUCAACAAUUGGAUGUUUUAUUGGAUAGUUAUUUGAAAAACGAUCAAAAACAUGAUUACUUGUCAUAUGUUUUCAUUAAUGCUUCAAUAUCAAAAUUAAACUUAGAUUUUUUCAGUGAAAAUAAUUUUCAAAAUUUGUUUAAAUUUUUAAUUUUUUCCGACCCUUCAAAAUUUUCAAAAUUAAGGAGAUUAGCAGCUUCAUCCAUUUUAAAGAAUUUGCUAUUUAAUACUGAGAUUCAUCAAAAUUUACUUAAUAUUAAUGAAACAGUUGAUACAGAUGAGUUAGACGACAUUGAUUCACCAACCAACGAUUUUUUAACUUAUUUAUUAAACCCAUUAAUUUCUUCAAAGUUUAAAUUUGAUAUUGAUGAAGAAAUGAACUUACCAACAGACUUGCAAUUUAUUGAAGAUGAGAAAAACUUUGAAACCGAUUUUGAAAUUUUAUCUCAAUACCUUCAAUCAAUUUUGUUAUUGUUAACCACUAAAAUUGUUAGAAUCUAUCUCAGAAACAGAAAAUCAAUUUAUCCUAUUAUAAGAGAAUUGCAUAAAAUCUCAAAUAAUAGAAAAAUUUUAAAAUUGUGUGAUAAAAUCGUUCAAUUAUUAAUGAGAGAUGAAGAGGACGACAUAAAAACUCGAUUGAAUCAAAACACUAUUUCUAAUGAUUACAAUGAAGAAUCUGAUAGUGACGAUGAUAAAAUAGUUGAAAUUUUAUAAUAGAUAACAUACUUCACUAAACGAAGAUAAUUGAUUUAUUCAUUAAAAUAAAAUAAAAUAAAAAUUUA